GCGGCCUCGGCGCCUGAGGUCCCUUCGAGGGAGGAGAGGGGGAGGCGGACGUGGCCUGCGGUCGAGCGGAGCCCAUGGAGGAGCCCGACUACCUGGGAGGCAGCGCGGCCGCCGAGUGGGGGGACGACGGCGGCGGCGACGGAGGGGCGCAAGAUGAUGAAUAUGGUGAAGAAGAUGACGCUGGUGUCCAGCAGGAAUGUUUGCAGAAAUUUUCCACCCGAGAUUACAUCAUGGAGCCCUCCAUAUUUAAUACUUUGAAAAGGUAUUUCCAAGCAGGUGGCUCUCCAGAGAAUGUGAUCCAGCUCUUAUCAGAUAACUAUACUGCUGUAGCUCAGACAGUAAACCUUUUGGCUGAGUGGCUCAUUCAAACAGGUGUUGAGCCCAUUCAAGUCCAGGAGACAGUGGAAAACCACCUGAAAAGCUUGCUGAUUAAGCACUUUGAUCCUCGGAAAGCAGAUUCAAUUUUCACAGAGGAAGGAGAGACGCCAGCAUGGCUUGAGCAAAUGAUAGCGCACACUACAUGGCGGGAUCUGUUCUACAAACUGGCCGAAGCUCAUCCAGACUGUCUCAUGCUGAACUUUACUGUGAAGCUUAUCUCUGACGCCGGGUACCAAGGGGAGAUAACCAGCGUAUCAACAGCAUGCCAGCAGUUGGAAGUUUUUUCUCGAGUACUGCGUACUUCUCUGGCUACUAUCCUAGAUGGUGGGGAAGAAAACCUGGAGAAGAAUUUACCUGAGUUUGCUAAAAUGGUGUGCCAUGGUGAACACACGUAUCUCUUUGCCCAAGCGAUAAUGUCCAUAUUAUCUCAAGAAGAGCAAGGUGGCUCUGCUGUACGCAGGAUUGCUCAAGAGGUUCAGCGGUUUGCUCACGAGAAAGGCCACGAUGCUAGUCAGAUCACUUUAGCUCUGGGAACGGCUGCUUCGUACCCUCGAGCCUGCCAAGCGCUUGGUGCCAUGUUAUCGAAAGGAGCGUUGAACCCAGCAGACAUCACAGUCUUGCACAAAAUGUUUUCGAGCAUGGAUCCUCCUCCGGUAGAGCUGAUCAGAGUUCCCGCUUUCCUGGAUCUCUUCAUGCUUUCGCUGUUUAAGCCAGGUGCCAAGAUCAAUCAGGACCAUAAACACAAAUAUAUUCAUAUUUUGGCAUAUGCAGCUAGUGUUGUGGAAACAUGGAAAAAGAACAAAAGAGUGAGCAUAAAUAAAGAUGAACUCAAGUCCACCACAAAAGCGAUUGAGACUGUUCACAAUCUUUGCUGCAAUGAAAAUAAAGGCGCCUCUGAACUUGUAGCAGAACUGAGUACCCUUUACCAGUGCAUCAGGUUUCCAGUAGUAGCAAUGGGGGUUCUGAAAUGGGUUGACUGGACAGUGUCAGAGCCCCGCUAUUUCCAGCUUCAGACUGAUCAUACUCCAGUGCACUUGGCGCUGUUGGAUGAGAUCAGUACAUGCCAUCAACUCCUUCAUCCUCUGGUCCUGCAGCUUCUGGUCAAACUCUUUGAGACGGAGCACUCUCAGCUCGAUGUCAUGGAACAGCUGGAACUUAAAAAAACCCUUCUGGACAGGAUGGUUCACUUGCUCAGUCGAGGCUAUGUCCUUCCGGUGGUUGGCUACAUACGGAAGUGUCUUGAGAAGCUGGACACGGACAUUUCCCUGAUCAGAUACUUUGUGACAGAGGUGCUGGAUGUCAUUGCUCCUCCGUAUACCUCUGACUUUGUGCAGCUUUUUCUUCCGAUCUUGGAGAACGACAGCAUUGCAGGAACGAUUAAGACUGAAGGCGAGCAUGACCCCGUCACAGAGUUCAUAGCUCACUGUAAAUCGAACUUCAUCAUGGUCAACUGAACCAGCAGAGACACCCAGUUACAGUUGCUGUGGAUGAACUGCAGAGCGACCUAAUGCAAAUUGCAUCAAAGAACUGGGAGAAAGAGCAGUUUGUUGGUUGCUGUUUUAGGUGGACCAGGAGUUUCACACUGCUGGGCUUCCAAAAUGUUGAAACUAGGACAGAGUUUAGCUGAAAUUAAUUGGUUUCCCAGCCCCCAAACCUUGGAGCAUCAGGAGCAUUUGCUUGCGACUCCAAGUAUAGGACUUGUGCUGUUUGUGUAGCAGAAUUGAAUGUAUGUCAGGGGAAAGCUAGCACUAGGUGCUCCUAGCCUUAGUUCCCUGGGGGGGAAUGCAUUCUUCCAGUGUGUGGUUGACGUCUUGCAGCAUAUAGGGCUAAAUCUUGUGUUAAUAAUUUCCAUCAGGGAAUGAUUCCUUCCCACACUCUUAUGCAUAAGCGAUAGUUGUGCCUAGAAGGGUAGUGUGUGAAUACCUCACAUACAGUUUGAUCCUUGACAAUCAGAUAAAAGAGGGAUGGGGAACCUGCUGACUGCCAGAGGAUGCUGGACUAAAAAUCUCAUCAUCUGUUACCAUUGGCCUUGCUGGCUGGGGCUGAUGAGAGUUAGAGUCCAGAUCUGAAGGGCCACAGGCUCCCCACCCCUGCUGUAAACAUCUGCAUGGGAUGAUUGACUAAAUUACUUGUCUCCCCCAAGUUAUAAAUAUCUUCGUGUGCGUCUCACACUGAAAGUCAUGGUAGUGUUCAGCCACUUAAUGGCAGUCACUUAUGAAUAAACCAUUAGCUGUUAGUUGACAGUUAGCUGCAGUAUUGCUGGUUCCUACUGCAUUCCAGAAACCACUUAUGAAGCCCUUUCUUCAUAUAUAAAUGAUACACAAUCUUGGCAGAACUUACUUGUGUGUCACAGUGUUUACAUACUACCGCCAGACCCUGGUGAAGAAUCACUGGCCUUAUUGGAGGGGAAAUCUCAACCUUAACCGCUAAGUUUCGUUACUGUGUAAAAAUAGGUCUUGUUAAAGUUAUCUGAGUGCAUCAAAACAGCACUAUUUUUUCUUGUACCUGUAAGAGGGAAAACGACACAAAGUAGGUUAAGUUAUAUUUUUUAUUAAAUUCAUUUUUUAUUAAA